CAAAAUCGACAUAAUUGCGAAACAAGGGGACACGCCUCCCUGAAAUUAGCUUGCCUGCAGAGAAUGGUACAGCACCAGCUGAUUUCCGGUCAAGAGCGGAGGCUGCCCUACCAGGUUUUUGUUGCAUGUUGUUCGGACUGAAGGUUCUUAUUUCCAUAGGCCUAGUUUGGAAAUGUAAGGCAGUUGUUAAAGACACCACUAGCAAUAUUACCAGGGAUAAUUGGCAUUCUUCAGUUGAACAUAAUCUGUGUCAGCCUGACCUGAUAUGCUCACCAACAUCCGAAAUAGAUCUCUAGGUCAGAUCAACAGGGAAUCAUCUAACUAAAAAUCUAAUUAUACCAGCGAUGACUGCAUUUUCAAGAACUCCCUCUGAACAGAUUAGAAACAUGCAUUUGCAAACCAUGUCCAGAUAACACCAAUUGAGUCUCAAAAUACUUAAAUGUCAAAAUAAAUAGCUCGCUUGUUUAAGGUAGAUGGAGAGGCUGUAAAGUUCUCUUUUUUUCUGAUUAAAAAGAAAAACCUUUACUUUUAAUAUGGAUUUGGAAUUAAGUUCAGUGGGGUCUGGGGAGCAGAUGGUAGCAGACAUUGAAGACGUAGCCCUCGAAGACGAGUUGGAAUAUAGCCGUGCUAUCUACCUGGAGGAGACGGUUGAACCUAUCGAGUACAGCCGCCAUGUAAAUGAAGUUGAAGAAAUUACACCAUUUGACUACGAUACAAUGGGUGUUGUUGAAGAGAUAGAAAUUCCCACGCAUGAGUACAGUAAGGCUAUCUAUGAGGAGUCACAAACGGAACCAUGGCCAUUUACUGGAGCAAUGGAAGAGGUCUCUGUUCAUGAACCUUACGAAUAUGAGCGAGCUAUCAUGGAUAAGAUAAAGACCGUCAAUUUUGAUUACACAAAACCAAUGUAUCAUGAAACGCAGUCAAACGUGACUGAACACAGUCGUGGUAUGAAUAUAGUGACCGACGUCCAGCCAUUUGAAUACAACAAUGAACUGUACCAUGAUACAGAGGUUGAGAAUUUUGAGUACAGUGAAACUAUGUAUAAAGAGACGGAUGGCAAGACAAUCGAGUACGAAAAUGGGAUGCACGAAGUGAGUACCACUGAGAAGAGAGAUUAUAGUAAGAGUAUGGACGACCGAGGCACCAGUGAGGUGAGCGAGUACCAAGGAGGAUUUCGCGAUCUCAAACAGACAACUGUGUCCGAGUACUCGGGAGGAAUGUAUGACGAGGGAGAAAGUGAUGUACAUGAAUAUAUAUCGGGCAUACGCAUUGUGUCCAAGGAAGAGCCAAAGGAAUACAGCAAAGGCAUGAAAGAGGUCAUGACCUCUGAAAUCAGAGAAUACAGUAAAGGAAUGGAUGAAGAAGUGGACAUUCCCUUACAUGAGCAUACGCGAGGGGUCAAGGUCGUUACCACUGGCGACUCUAUUCUGCAUACUCGUUCCGUAUAUGAGAAGACUGAUGGUCAGGCCUUUAAACACAGCUUCACUGUAUUUGAAAAAUCUAAGGGUGAACGAAUGAGGCACAGUCUGGGUAUCAAGAUCAAAACAGAUGAGCCGGCCUUCGAAUAUUCAAGGGCGGUUUGGGAGAUAUUGGAAACCGAGCCUCUCUCCCAUGAUAUCCCGCUAAGUAACAUUGCUGGGUAUGAGGAGAGUGACGAGUAAAGUUGUAGCUGUCCUGUAUUUAUGAUAUAAAUCAUAAUAGACUUGUAUGAAUGAGGUUAUAAGUCAGGGUAAAUGACUAAUUGUACAAGUGUAGAUAAAUCAUAUAUAUACUAUACCUAUAUGGUGCGCCUUACAGUUGUAUACCUAAAUUUAUAGGUAAUAUUUAAUAUUGUACACAUUUUCACCUGUGGUUUUUUACCGAAAUAGGAAUUUUAAUUAUUGUGACUUAACAAAGUGAUGCAUUUAUUAUGUGUACAUUUUAAUUUUUUUUUUAUUUUGUGUGUACUUUUUUAUACUAGAACGUUGUUUUAACAUUACAAUAUGUUAAACAUUCAAGCUUUUCGUUAUCACACUAACUGUAUAUUAUACAGGGCUCAAAGUAGA